UUUGUUUUCGAAUUUGUUUCACUGUGAAGUUCGGCCUGCGAAUAUGUAUCUCUGUACAAAUGAAUUUACUAUGGAUAAAUAGUUUACCUUAAAUUAUAUUAAAUUUCCUUUUUUUGCAGACAUGGGGAUAAACGUCUUUCUACUAUGUGUUGCCAUUCUAAAAGCAACUGCUGUCAGUGGUUGCCCAAUAGGCAAGGAGUUCAUCACUGCCUUCAUGCCUAAUCAUAUAGCUAAUGAUGGCCAAGCUGAACCCAGACUCACCAUCACAGCUCAGGAGUCCUUGGCUACUGUUACAGUCGAAAUCAAGGGGCUCAACUUUAAACAGUCACUAACUAUUGAAAAAGGUUCUACUAAAUAUGUCACCCUUCCAAACAAAGCUGAGAUUUAUGAAGAUGGAGUCUCGGCCAAAACAGUGCUGAUUUCUUCCAAUACAGACAUCUCAGUGGUAUCCACGCACAUUAAGCCAUAUACUGGAGACAGCAGUGUGAUAUUCCCCAAUCAAGAAUUGGGCAAGAGAUAUGUAGUCUUCACUCCAGAAGGCAGUCCCUUAAAUAAGAUUGUGGCUAUCGUCAAUGGCAAGGAAGACAACACAAUUAAUAUUCUACCUUAUUCAGACCUACUGCUUAAUAGCAAGAUACACUUGAAGCAAGGCAUAAAGAUGGGUAUCAGAUUAGCUCCUUAUCAGGUUUAUCUGCUUCGGAGUGAGAAGACCUUAACAGGAAUUAGGAUUGAGUCUCAGCUCCCUGUAGCCGUCCUGGUCGGACACGAAUGCCUGAGCCUCGUUGGCACAUGUGAGCAUGUCUUUGAACAGCUGGUGCCAAUAGAGUCACUAUCUGAUGAGUACCUAAUUCCUCCCAUGCACCCUUUGCUUAUUGGCCAGGACACAGCCCAUGUUGUUGCAACUGAGGAUAAUACUGAUGUGACGGUUUAUUAUGGUCCAGUACCACAGCAUAAUUCACUUAGAUCUGGAGAGCUUCUGAAUGUUGCAAUUAAUUUGCCUACAGUAAUCCAAAGCAAUAAAAAGAUCAUGGUUAUGUAUUCCAGUACCAACAUUCCCUAUGAUGAAUUCUUGACUAACAUAAUUCCUGUAUCACAAAUGUCCAAUUCAUGGACUGUUUAUGCACAAGACGAUUACCAGAAUUUUGCUGUUGUUGUCUCAGAGACAAAGGACAGUAAAUCUCUUUUUAGUUUUUUGAAUUGGAAUGUUUUCCCUUCAAACCAGAAGUAUUCAUGGGCUAUCACAUCUCUGGGUACUCAAAAAGGUCCUAUAACCAUAUCCAAAGACUCACCACAGGCUGUCUAUGUUUAUGGUGGGAAAGUAAGACAUGGCUAUGCCACAACAGGAGUAUGCAAUGCUCCUUCUCCACCACCACCUCCGAAAGAUCCCUGUGAAUCCGUUAAAUGUCGUUGGAGAGAAGAGUGCAAGAAAGGAGUCUGUGUCCAUGUUAACACCGCAACAUGUUGGGCUGUUGGUGAUCCGCACUACAAAACUUUUGAUGGGAAGUCAUAUGAUUUCCAAGGCACCUGCACAUACACUAUGUCAAAGACUGUAAAAAGCGAGAAUGGUCAAGUCCCCUUCACCAUUUUGGCAAAGAAUAAUCGCAGAGGGAAUAAUUUGGUGGCCUAUGUCAGGAGAGUAUCAGUCAAUGUGUACAAUUAUACGAUAGUUGCGAGCCAGCAAAUGGGUGUAGUUGAGGUGAAUGGUGAAAUCACUCACCUGCCUGUAAGUCUAGCUCAAGGAAAGAUCGAAGUGGUACAAAGUGGUUGGAAUGCACUCAUAACAACAGACUUUGGCUUAGAGGUGAAAUAUGACUGGAACAUGAUGCUAUACAUAACAGUACCCAACACCUACUUUGGGUCACUUGGUGGACUUUGUGGGAACUACAAUGGAGAUGGGACAGAUGAGCAAUCUGACCCCAAAGGAACAAAACUAUCCACUAUCCUGGAGUUUGCCAGGAGCUGGAAAAUUUCAGACAAUGACUUGUUCUGCCGUGAUGACUGUGAGGGCAAGUGCCUCCUCUGCCCACCUGGGCUUAAAGAAAAAUAUGAUGGAGAUAAUUACUGUGGUCUUAUGGCAAAAACAACUGGGCCAUUUGCCAACUGCCACAAGACUGUUGACCCAAGUGUGUACAUAGACAAUUGUGUGUAUGAUGUGUGCAUCAAUAAAGGCAUUAGAAGUUUUCUCUGUGAAAACAUACGUACCUAUGCCGAGGCUUGCAUGGCAGCUGGAGUGAAGAUUAAUUCCAACUGGAGGAUGCUGUCCGAGUGCCCACUGCAAUGCCCAGUAAACAGUCACUAUGAAUCUUGUGGAACUGCAUGUGCAGCCUCCUGUGCAGAUCGAGAUGCACCAAGCAAAUGUGAAAAGCCUUGUUUGGAGGGUUGCCAGUGCAACGACGGUUUUGUCCUCAGCGGAGACAAAUGUGUAGCACUGGGACAAUGUGGCUGUAACUAUGAGAACCGUUAUUACCCUCCUGCUGAGACAUUCUGGGGUGACCAGACAUGCACUAAGAAAUGCUCCUGCAGUUCGGGACAAGUCAAAUGUACACCAACAAAGUGCAAGGCUUCUGAAGUGUGUAACAUCCAGAACGGUGUUCGAAAUUGCUACCCACUUUCCUACGGGCACUGCCUAGGCAGUGGAGAUCCCCACUAUUUAACCUUUGAUGGGAGGCGUUUUGAUUUCCAGGGUACUUGCACUUAUUACCUUUCUAAACUGGUUAAUACAUCUGACACUUCGCUGGUGCCUUUUGAAGUUCUUGUCAAGAAUGAAAACAGAGGACUGAAUAAAGUUGUUUCCUUCACCAAGUCUGUGGAGAUCAAAAUCUUUGGCUACACCAUUGUCAUGAGUAAAGACAAUAGUGGUAAAGUGAUGGUCAACGACCUGUUUGUAAAUUUGCCAUUUGAGAAAGACGGUGGACAGCUAUCCGUAUUCCGCAGUGGUUACUUUGGAGUGGUUAAAACAGACUUUGGAAUGAAUGUGAGAUUUAACUGGGAUAGUUACGUUGAAAUCACUCUCCCCAGUACAUACAGUAACCAGGUAGGAGGUCUCUGUGGUAACUGGAAUGGAAACGUAAAUGAUGACCUGAUGUUCCCAAACAAAAGCAUAACAACAAACCCUACUGUAUUUGGAAAUGGCUGGAAAGCCAGAAAUGACCCUGAUUGCUCGGCAGAGUGCAAGGGGGAGAAGUGUCCCAAAUGUGAUGCUGUAGACAGGAAUAAGGAUGCUUUCACAAAGCCUUGCAGCCUGUUUACAGAUACAAAUGGCCCAUUUAAAGCAUGUCAUAGCCAAAUCAAUCCUACCAAGUUCUAUGAAGACUGCGUGUAUGACAUGUGUAUGUACGGUGGUCAUUCUACAGCUCUCUGUAAUGCACUUACAGCCUACACAGCUGCAUGCCAGACAGCACACAGCAUUGUGGAGAAAUGGAGAACUGACAGUUUCUGUCCUGCAUCCUGCAAAGCUAAUAGCCACUAUGAUGUGUGUCUUGCUGGAUGUCCGCAGACCUGCAACGGCUUCACCGAGCCCGCGGCUUGCCAGCGUGCACCGUGCAUCGAAGGCUGUGUGUGUGAUGUUGGCUUUGUCCUGAGCAACGGCGAGUGUGUCCCAUUGGAGAAAUGCGGCUGUGUAUAUGAAGGCCAGUACUAUAAGCUUGACCAAGUCUUUUACCCCAAAGACAAGUGCAGCCAAAUGUGUGUCUGCAAAGAGCAAGGAAAUGUCACAUGUAAAGACAAUUUCUCAUGCGGUCCUAAUGAGCAGUGUGAAAUCCGUGAUGGGGUUCAAUCCUGCCAUCCUGAUGGCAAAGGAUCUUGCUCUGUUUCUGGUUCUGGGACUUACCACUCAUUUGAUGGGAACCACAUCAGUGUGCAAGGGGACUGUGUGUACAAACUGGUGGAAACAGUCCAGACUUCAGAUCAGAUGAAGAUGCCUUUCAGUGUGACUGUCCAGCAAAUAUCUUCUACUGUGGUGGUCACAAGAAGAAUCGACAUAGUUGUAAACCAAUAUAAGAUUGCUCUGAUUCCUGGUCUUCUGUGGGAAAUAAGGGUCGAUGAGGUUAAAGCUCUUCUUCCAGUAACUCUUGAAGGAAGACUGGUGAGCAUCUAUCAGAGUGGUGCCUUCAUUAUCUUAGAAACUUCUUUUGGACUAAAGGUGACCUAUGACACCGUAUCGAUGGCCACAGUUGAAAUCCCAUCCACUUACAAAAAUGCUGUCAAGGGUCUUUGUGGUAAUUAUAAUGAUAACAAGGCAGAUGACUUCCUAAUGCCAGAUGGUAAUCAAACUUCCUCUGCUGAGAAAUUUGUUGAAGCUUGGCUGGUGCUUCAGGAAGGAGUGAUCUGUCACACAGGAUGUCCAUCAGGCUCCACAUGCUCAGGGCCUGCAACAGGAGGCCAAAAUGAUGGACACAAUGAUUGCAAGAUCCUAACUUUGGAGAAAGGCCCAUUCUCUAAUUGUUAUUCAAAAAUACCACCUUCACCAUUCUAUGAUACAUGUGUAAAGGAUGUCACAUUACAGCCGGAGGAUAAGACACUUGUUUGCCGCCAUGUCCAAAACUAUGUGGUCCGUUGUCAACAAGCUGGGGUCUCCAUCAGCCGUUGGAGGAAUUCAACCUUUUGCCAAAUGACCUGUCCUGUAAAAAGUCACUAUGAGCUAUGUGCGGACACCUGUACGUCAACUUGUGCCAGCCUUACCGUGGCACCAAUUUGUCCGGAGUGUCUUGAAGGUUGCCAGUGUGAUGAAGGCUUUGUCUUUGAUGGAGGUGACUGUAAGCUUGUAGAUGAUUGUGGUUGUUCGGUAGAAGGAAGAUAUUACAAGUCUGGGGAGUCAGUAGUCAGAGGAGACUGUAUAGAAAGAUGCACAUGUAAAGCUGGACAGUUCUCAUGUCAGCCCAUAAACUGUAAGGAAGAUGAGGUCUGUCGCACACUGGACGGCAUUCCAACAUGCAUACAUGAUCCCUGCAGCAAGAAAACAUGUCGUGAGAAAGAGAAAUGUAUAGAAAGAGACAGUGCAGCAGUGUGUGUGGCCACCUCUAGCGCCUCAUGCGAAGUUUUUGGAGACCCCAACUAUAUAACUUUCGAUGGAAGCAGGUUUUCUUUUCAGGGCACCUGCUCUUACAUUAUGGUAAAGACGUCGGGUGAAGACAAAAGCCUCACGGAAUUCAUCAUCAUUAACAAGAACGAACAAAGCACACGUGGCACUUACAUCAAGAUAGUUACCAUGAAGUUUUCAGGCCAUGAAAUCAUCAUUAUUCAACACGAACGCAACAAAGUGAUGAUUGAUGGAAAGGAAUACGUCCUGCCUGUGAGUCUGGACUCGGACCGUAUCCGGAUAACACAGUCAGGAAUAAGAGGAACCCUGCAAACAGACUUUGGUUUGGAGGUCAUGUUUGACUGGGGCGAGUUCUUCAGGGUGACCGUGUCCAGUAACUACUAUAAAAACCUAGUGGGCAUGUGUGGAACCUAUAACGACAACCGCGAUGAUGACUUUGUCACACCAACAGGCAUUGCUGCAGCAGGCAACACAGAAUGGGGGCAGUCAUGGAGCACUCUCGACAACGACCCGAAGUGCUGGCACUUCCCAUCAUGCUCUGAAGAGGAGUUGCGGAAGUAUGGAGGCCCCCAGUUCUGUGGUUUGUUAGACGACAAAACUGGGCCUUUUGCUAGCUGCAACAAUACAGUUAAAAUAGGGCAGUUUUCAUACAACUGUCUCUUUUACACAUGUCUCACUCACGGAAACCAUGAUGCCUUCUGCAACGUCAUGACCUCUUAUGAAAACAAUUGCAAGUGGGCAAACACAGAUGUGUCACUGAAGUGGAGGGAGAUUACUAACUGCAAGCUAAUCCAGUAAUCAAGUGGAGCGAACCCGGGUCUGAUUAUCCGUUCAACUGUAAACAAGAAUAAAUAAAUUUUAGCUGAUGUGAUUAAUUAAUUCAUUCAUCAAUUAAUAAUGAAACAAUGUAAUCUAGUUACUGAAUCAAAUUAAUCUCGAAAAAUCAUAGAAGCACUCACUUGCUUGUACUUUUUUCUUUAUUGAAUGCUUGCAAGACUUCAUGAAAUAAAAUAAAUGCAUAUGUGCACUA